CCUGUGUCCCCAGUUUCUCUGGCCAGGCUGUGGUCACUGAGCCUGUACUUCGUCAGGGUUGGUUUGUGUUUGCUGUUAUUUGUCUUGGUUAAAUGUUUGGCUAGUGUGUAUUGUCUAUUUAGGGUUCUGUAGCAUUCCAGUUUAUGCUGUGUUUGUGUGUGUGUCCUUUCUCUCUCUCUCUCCCUCCCUCUCUCUCUUCCACCUGUGUCCUGUCUCGUCCACAUGCCUCCCUCUGGGUCUCUGCUCCUCUCCUGCUGUCUGUCGUUUUCUCUCUCCUUGUUCGAACCUGCUCCUGUCCCAUCCCCCUCAAUCCCAUCUUUUGUCAUUUUCCUUUUUUUUUAAAUUCCUGUAGCACUCUCGCCCUGUUUUUCCCCAGCCAUCCCUGCAGGUCUGUCCUUCACUGUACCCCCAUCUCUCUCUGCCUCCACCCCUUCUCCGUUCUCCGCUAGAUUUCGCCCCGUUAGCCUGCCUGACGUGUUUCAUUUCUUCCCUGUGAGAUGUUUCUAUGCUUUUAGCACUAGCUAGAACACUAGACCGUGCUCCUGAAGUGCCCUUCACCGUGCAGGAGUCUGGAAUUCAGCGUAAGCCCUUCAGUACGCACGGCGGUACACCACAACACCCGAGCAAUCAGGGAGCAGUGGCAGAGUGAGUCAUCGUCUUAGUCAAACUGAGUACAGCACCGUGAAAAGCAGUCUCAUCAAAUCCGAGAUCUCUGAGCGCGCGGCAGAGGCCAGGGGAAGAACUGUCCCGAAACGGAAAAGCAGAACCUCCCCAGACAGCAUCUAAGGACACGAAGAACAGUUCUAUGACGAUGCAAGGAGACCUGCUGGCCUGCUGUCUUUCAUGAGAAGCUGACCCGUGGAGCCCUGCCUUAAGAUAAGACGCUCCGCUGCUUUUGCAAAGCACUGUUCUGAUCACACGCAGGCCCUUUCUUUGACAACAUCCCUGGAUGUGAUCUGGCAAGACGAGGGCAGGACUUGCUCUUUCCAGCAGGUCCUCAGUGUGUCUGGGUGUGAAGUGGGCGGAUUUGAAAGACGGAUUGUGCCGCCGCCCGCUGGCACGCAUGGUGUUGGCAUGGGCUGACUGUUUUCAGCUCCAGGCUGGACCAGACGCAGCGUCUGAUGUUUGUACAAGUGAACUAAGAUAACUUUCAGAACUAGCUAUGGGUUUGUGUUAAAGGGGCGCUGUUUUAUUGAAUGGAAAGAGGAGGUUAGAAACCUUUAGCCAAUCAGUGCUUGUCAGUACCAUACAACUUCCUCCCAGCCCUGUGUUCUAGGUUUGAUUGUAAGCAGGUCCACCUUUCUGUGUGGAGUUUGCAUGUUCCCCCCAGGUUCGUAUGGGUGGUCUCCCAUACAUUGGUUUCUCCACAGAUAUAAAAACACGUGGAACAAGUUUCAAGUGAGAGGAGGCCCCCUUGGUCUAUCAAUCCCGUGUGGUAGUUUGGAGCUAAUUGAUUCUCUGGGUCUCAUCCAGGUUUUUUCUUGAAAGAAGCCAGGGUAUCGGGUUCAACCACAUGGCUGGGCAGCUUGUUCCACACUCCCACCACCCUUUGGGUAAAGUGGGGAGAGCUCUGCCGUUCUCAGUCUUCAGCAAAGGCCCAUGUAGUUUCCAAACAUGUUCAACCCAAUUCAGUAAUACCGACAGUGUGUCCGGAAUAAAUAUCACAAGCCUACCGGCGAGCGAUCAGCCUAGCUCAGUGUCGAACGGGUCUUGAGCUGUGCUGGUACACCAGGGGAGCUCAGCUGCAGUCUGCCUGUCAGCAGUUCUUGAUGGCAAUAAUUGUCAAGUGUGAACCCACCCUGAGGCUGUGUUGACUUGGCAGUCGAGUCUGCACCUUCUGCAGCAGUGUGGAGCAAAGGAGCAUCACUCAACCAGGUUCAGGCACUCACACAAUUUUUAAGCCAGUCCAGCACAAUUUGAGCGUCUCACUUGUGUGUGCCUUAUGAGCGUUAGAUGUUUCUCCAAUUUUGCUCUUUUUUUUUAAUUACCCAGUAUUCAUUCUGCUGUUCUCCUUAUCUGCUUCCCAGAAGGCUACGACAGAGACAACGAGGUGCAGAUGUGACUGGAGAGCAGCGAAGCACAGUGUCGCCCCCAGGGGCGGUAUGUAUGGUAAACAGGCUCAGCGCAGGCGCCCAUUUCCCACGGACAGAGGGGAGCAGCGGAGAGGGACCCUGAAAUCACAAACGGGAGGUACAGGGCGCCACAAACCCGACACCAGCUGUGUCUCCUCCGCGGGCGACAGUAAUGUCAGCAGGGACGCAUCCUGGCGAGACGUGCCCCCUCUUCUCCUUGCUUCCCAGUGUCUCUCCUGUGUGGAGACACAGGGAGCCCCCGCUCAGUCUAUGAUGAGGAGGUCUCGAUAUUCGUCUUGCGUCUGUGAGCGCUGCCCCCAGGCUGGCUCAGGUGAGCGAAUGUCAGCGCUGGUACCCUUGGGGCCCCGCGUCGCGCGGGUGACGGGCGAGGAGACAGCGUGUGAGCAGUGCGCUGCGGGAGAGGUCGCCCUGGCGCCGGGCCAGCCCUGCCGCGGCUGUCAGCGGCCCCCGCAGAGGAGAGCAGAGAAGGUCAGAGCCGGGCUCGUACCUGUCAGCUCCCCAGCGUCUCCCGGGAGGGAUCCUUCUCCUCUGACGCUUCCUCAGGGGGAGAGAGAAGGCGAGGGCAGGCUAACGGGCAGCACCAGCAGACUGGCAGAGAGAGGGCGCCAGGUUCUGGGGAGCAGCAAUAUCCCAGGGACCGGGAGGGAGGGAGCAGAGGAGGACGCCUGCAGAGAGGCCUGGAAGACUGAGAGCGAGGACAGCAAGGCCACAGGGAUUGCGUUUCGGGAGAGGGACAGAUGUCCGCUCGAGUCGGUUAAGGAACGCGUCAUCUUUUCCACCGAUCUCUCCCCGGGGAAGCUCUCUCGCGGUAGCUCUGCUGCGCAGGGCGUGUGCGUGCGCCUACUCGCACAAGAUGCGCACUCUCUGUCGCCCUGGGCUCCGCGCUGUCUCUGUCCCUCUUGGCCUCCCGUCUCUCUCCCGUUUUCCCUAUCUCCACCUGUUUGACCCCCUCCCUCCUCUCCUUCUCCCCCCCUUUCUGCGCUCCCAGUGCUCAAUCUAGUGCCUCCUCUGAGUACUCUUCACUUGACCCUGCAGCCCU